UGUGAGCUCAGUCAGGCUCUCUCUGUCAGACACACAGCGUGGAAAGAUGGUGCUCGACUUGGACCUGUUUCGGACCGACAAAGGCGGCGAUCCAGAGAUCAUUCGUGAGACCCAGAGGAAGAGGUUUAAGGAUGUAACACUCGUUGAUAAACUGGUGGCCGCAGACACAGAGUGGAGAAAAUGCCGCUUUACUGCAGACAACCUCAACAAAGCCAAGAACCUCUGCAGCAAGAGCAUCGGGGAGAAAAUGAAGAAGAAGGAACCAGUUGGGGAGGAUGAGUCCGUACCUGAGGAAGUACAGAACCUGGAGUCCCUAUCAGCUGAAACACUAUCGGCCCUGACAGUAAGCCAGAUCAAGAAGGUGCGGUUGUUGGUGGACGAGGCUGUGGAGAAAACUGACAGCGAGAGGAUAAAGCUGGAGGCAGAGCGCUUCGAGUACCUGAGGGAGAUCGGCAACCUUCUGCACCCAUCUGUACCCAUCAGCAAUGAUGAGGACGCAGACAACAAGGUGGAGCGCACCUGGGGUGACUGCACCGUCCAGAAGAAGUACUCCCAUGUUGACCUGGUGGUCAUGAUCGAUGGCUUUGAUGGAGAGAGGGGAGCUGUCGUGGCUGGGAGCAGAGGUUACUUUUUGAAGGGGCCGCUGGUGUUCCUGGAGCAGGCUCUCAUCAAUUUCGCCCUAAGGCUCCUCUACAGCAAGAAAUACACCAUGCUCUACACACCCUUCUUCAUGAGGAAAGAGGUCAUGCAAGAAGUUGCCCAGCUCAGCCAGUUUGACGAAGAACUUUACAAGGUCAUCGGCAAGAGCAGCGAGAAGUCAGACGACAGCUCCAUCGAUGAGAAGUACCUCAUCGCCACCUCCGAGCAGCCCAUCGCGGCCUUCCUGCGGGACGAGUGGCUCAAACCCGAGGACCUGCCCGUCCGCUACGCCGGCUUCUCCACCUGCUUCAGACAGGAAGUGGGCUCCCAUGGCCGAGACACCCGCGGCAUCUUCAGGGUGCACCAGUUUGAGAAGAUUGAGCAGUUUGUCUAUGCCUCCCCACAUGAGGGCAAAUCAUGGGAGAUGUUUGAUGAGAUGAUAGGGACGGCCGAAGAGUUUUACCAGUUGCUAGGAAUUCCUUACCGCAUCGUCAACAUUGUCUCCGGUGCCCUAAAUCAUGCGGCCAGUAAGAAGCUGGAUCUGGAGGCCUGGUUCCCUGGCUCUGGCGCUUUCAGAGAGCUGGUCUCCUGCUCAAACUGCACCGACUACCAGGCCCGACGCCUCCGCAUCCGCUACGGGCAGACCAAAAAGAUGAUGGACAAGGCAGAGUUUGUUCACAUGUUGAACGCAACCAUGUGCGCCACCACACGCGUGAUGUGUGCCAUCCUGGAGAACUACCAAACUGAAGAAGGCAUCGUUAUUCCAGAGAAGCUCAGGGACUUCAUGCCUCCUGGUUUGACAGAGAUCAUUAAGUUCGUCAAGCCCGCUCCUAUCGACCAGGAGAUGUCUAAGAAAGCAAAGAAACAGCAGGGAGCAGGGGGGAAGAAGAAGAAGCAGGAAGGAGGAGACCAGAACCUGCCCAACGCCAUGGAGACCAUGUCCGUCAACGACUCAUAGACUCCAGCACACGACGGCAGCGUCUCUUCACCAACCACACAGAUAGAAAGUGAUGGAAUAGAGCCUCAUAAGUAACGAUGAACUAAAAUGGUUAGAAAAUGAGGAAAUCUCUCAAGUAGGCACUUAAUGUAAUCCAUAGCUUUAUAAUGAAGGCUGGCUCCAUCUCAUCUGUGUCUGUCUGACUGGUUGGUGUCAUUCAUCUCAGCUGUUCCUCUCCUCACUCACUGAAAAGGGAUAUCUCUCUCUCUCUCUCUCUCUCUCUCUCUCUGCACUCAUCUACAGUCCACUUCAGAGUCCACUGACCGCCUGUCUGUCCUUUUCUCACAUCUACAGCAACACUGAUCCUAAAACAAACAGAUAACCUCAGAUAUUCAGCAGCAGCAUGUCUGGUUUCUGUGACUGGUGUGUAGUGCAGAUAAAGCACUGCUUAUACACAGGUACAUGUUUGUUUCCAGCUUUUCGGCAUCUGUAAUCAGUGAAAGGUGUGGUUUUUGUAAAACUGAUCAAUAACUGUCUGAAAUCUCUGUUCAUCGGCUCUUUGUUGAGACCAAAACCUGCAUCUCUGCUCUAAAAUGUGGUUGAUUACUUUGCGUCUGAAACGGCUUUAAAGCUGAUCGAACUACUGUGAUUGAGGAUCUUGUGAAGGUGAUCAGGUAUUUGUCUGUUUUAGGCUUCCCUUCUUGUCGUCUCUGAACACAAUCAUCAUCUUCGACCAUUGUUGCUUGACGUCAUUGUUGACCAUAAUGCCGUUCACUAGCUUAUGAUCGAGACAUCGACAUUGUCCGUAUGAGCUUGCUAAUAUAAAGAUAUAUAUAUGAUCGAGCUUUGAUGAAGUGGCACAAAUAAUAAACAAAUAUUAAAUACAGUUGAUAUGGAA